CGUGGCAUUUAAACGGGAACAAGUUUAGCGCUGAACUGUUUACAAAUUGGUCAGCGGAUUUUCAUGUGAACUUUGAUAAAGACCAUCGGAUUAACUCUGCUGAUGUUGUUAAUAUUAUGCUUAAGUCGAAAUCGGAACCUAGUUUACAAGAUGCGGGUAAAUCUAAAUCGGUGAAAAUCGCUCUGAGUUGUGAUGGAGAUAAUUCAAGAAACGCGCUGUGGUCAAGGCAUGACAGAAUAGAAUGGACGCUCAUUUUAUUUCUUGGUACCACAGUUCUCUACUCGGCACGCACAAUACUGCCACUAUGUGUCGUCCAAGUCGCAGCCGAAUUUGAAUGGGAUAAAGCAGAUAUGGGUUUAGUUCUCGCCUGCUUCCUGUGGGGUUACCCCUGCACACAGAUACCAGGGGGUUACAUCAGUGAUAAGAUCGGAGGUGAUCUGGUGCUUUAUCAUGCUGCCAUCAUCUGGGGGCUGGUCACCAUCAUCACACCGCAGGUGCCUUACAUUUACUCAUCUAAAGCAGCGUCUAUUUACUCCAUGGCCUUUAUCAGGUUCCUGUUAGGCAUAACACAAGGUGUACAUUAUCCGUCCAUGAGUAGUCUCAUUAGUAAGAAGGUCAGCACCAAGGAUAAACCAACCGUAUUUUCUUUUAUAUUCGCUGCAUCAUCGGCAGGAGCUCUCUUCACUGGUGCAGUAGGCUCCGUCAUGCUCCUCUACUUCCACUGGCAAACCAUCUUCUACUUUGUUGGCCUCCUGGGUGUCAGCUGGGGCCUCUUUGUCAGGUUCCAUCUCCGCAAACGAAGAAAGAAAACAAUUUAUAUGCUGCACAACGGCAGGAGAGAGGAGAAGGAAAUGAAGACGAUGGAAGACAGGGGGAUGACCCAAGGAGCUACUCAUUUUCCUUGGAGGACUCUCGUUACGAAAAAGCCGUUUUGGGCUGUUCUAUUAGCGCAUAGUUGCACCAACUUUUUAUUCUUUAUUCUUAUGUCAUGGAUGCCUACUUACUUCACUGAGGUCUUCCCAGGCCAAAAGGGCUGGGUGUUCAAUGUUCUGCCUUGGUUAAUCUCCAUUCCAGCCUCGCUUAUCUCUGGUUAUAUAGCAACAAAACUUCUGACGAUAGGAUGCUCAGUUAUAAAUUGCAGAAAAAGUAUACACACGUUAUCAUGUAUCGGUAUGUCAUUCUCACUCAUCAUGAUAUGCUUUGUGAGUGAUUACCACACAGCGCUCAGCCUAAUGAUGGUUGCCGUAGCAAGUUCAGCAUUUAGCAAUACAGGUGUACAAGUCAACGUCCAAGAUGUAGCACCAAAGCACGCUGGUGCCGUUUACGGUAUUUCCAACUGUGUCGGUGCUCUGGCCGGAUUCACAGGGACCUACUUUACUGGUUACAUCCUGCAUACCUGGCAGAGUUGGCCAGCAGUAUUCGGACUGGCUGUGUCUGUCUUAUUGUUUGGCUGGUCGGUGUUUAUGUCCUUUGGAUCAGCUGUACCAGUCAUUUAAUCCUUUUCGACACCAGACUUUUUUCAUGGCUGUGUAGCAAGCCAGUUCAGUUCAGUACAACAUUUAUUUCCAAUUCCUCAAUCAAUAUAAAUACAAUGUUAGCAAAUUGAUACACCCACAAAAUGCAGGAAAUUGGGGGCACGACCAAGUAAGCACAGCUUGUGGUAGGGAGUGCCCAUACAAAGAAAAAAAACACAAAAAAUACAACAGACAGAGCAGACAAAGCACAAAGCACAUGACCAAAAAAGACAGGGGCCCAAUUUCAUGGCUCUGCUUACCUUCGCAUUCUGCGUUUCCAUCACCGAUUCCCCGCUUACUUACA